GUGGCGAGAGAGAGAGAGCAAAUGAGCACAAAAGUAGAGCAAAAAACAACAAAAGGGAAACCAAAAAGAUACCAACAAAGCGCCAAAGAAAAGGAAAGCGUAGUUGCAAGCAUAGGAUAAAAAAACCCACAAAGCCUGUGGCAGAGAUUGGAAGAAAGAGCUAUCAAAACUAUAUAUCCAACCAGCAGAAACGAAGAAAGUCUUAUUACAUUUACACACUAAGUCCAAACCCUUUCUUUCUUUCUUUUCUUUUGCCAUCUCCACUAUCUUUCUACAAGAGAUAGAGUAUAGAGCACUGAAAAGUCCAUAUCCAUCUUAUAUUGCACAAUUUCAAGAAAAAACGAGAUAUGUGUGGAUUUAAAGAAGAAGAUCAUAAUCAAGGAGAGUGUUCUCAAAAUAUUCAUAACUUUCAAGAUUAUCAAGAACAAUUUCUUCUUCAACAAAUGCAACAGCAACAUAAUACCAAUAAUGACGUCAUCUAUGGAGGUGGCGGCGGUGGAGGUAGAGGAUCUGGAUUAAUAUUCCCGGAAGUUUCCCCAAUCUUACCAUGGUCUCUACCUCCAGUUCAUUCUUUUAACCCUACCCACUUUAACCCCAACCCGGUUCGCGAUCAUCAACACGACCCAUUUCUUAUCCCUCCUCCACUUCCAUCACCCUAUGGUAGUUUCUUUAACAGAAGAUCAGCUUCUCCUGCUUUGCAGUUUGCAUAUGAUGGUGCUUCUACUAAUGAUCAUCAUCUUAGAAUCUUUUCUGAUACUCUUGGACCGGUGCUUCAUCAUCAACCCGGUUCAGCUCCUUUUGGUUUACAAGCUGAAUUAGGCAAAAUGACUGCUCAAGAAAUCAUGGAUGCUAAAGCACUUGCUGCUUCUAAAAGUCACAGUGAGGCUGAGAGAAGAAGAAGAGAAAGAAUCAACAAUCAUCUUGCUAAGCUACGCAGCUUAUUACCCAGCACAACCAAAACAGACAAAGCUUCAUUGCUAGCAGAGGUGAUCCAACACGUAAAAGAGCUAAAACGGCAGACAUCAAUAAUAGCAGAAACAAGUCCAGUACCAACAGAAAUGGAUGAGUUAACAGUAGAUACAUCAGAGUCAGAUGAAGAUGGUAAGUUUAUAAUCAAAGCAUCGCUUUGUUGUGAAGAUAGGUCUGAUCUUUUACCAGACCUAAUAAAGACAUUGAAAGCCUUACGGUUAAGAACACUAAAAGCUGAGAUUACAACACUUGGUGGACGUGUAAAGAAUGUUCUAUUCAUUACCGGAGAAGAAGAUUCUUCAAGUAACACCAAUGAUAGCCAAAACCAACACCAACACCAGCAAUAUUCUAUUACUUCAAUCCAAGAAGCUUUGAAAGCUGUUAUGGAAAAGAGUGGUGCUGAUGAUUCUUCUUCAGCUAGUGUUAAGAGACAAAGAACUACUAAUAUUAAUAUUCUUGAACAGCAGCAGCAGCAGCAGCAAAACAGGUCUUUGUAAUUUUCUUGUAAGAACACUAUGACUUAUAAUUAUUACCCUUAUUUCCAAUUUUUUUAAAAUUUAUUUAUGGGAGUUUGCUUGUGGGGUGUGUCUUUUAUA